CAAAUGAAAGCGUAGCAUUCAUUGACUUCGAUGUUAUCCAAAAUCUUUUCCCAUUUGGAACUUCAUUAUCAAAUUUGGCUCUCCUAACAAAAUUUUGUACAAAAUUGUUUUUUUUUUUUUUCUGUAAAUAUAUUCUAUCCCGAACAAUAUGAACAAGAAGGGAAAGCGAUCCACCCGCAAGCUCGGAUUCUUUUACAAGCAAUCGGAGCUGAUGAUAAUGAUGCCAGAAGUGCCCAAACUGCGGCAUGUUUUCGAUCUAUUCGCAGUUGAUGGCAAUGGGAUAGGAGCAGAAGGAUCAGGAGUAGAUGGCGCCAGCAUCGCACUGUCGGAUGUGGCGGACUGCCUGCGCACCAUGGGCCUGAGUCCCAGCGACCAGUGGCUGUUGAAUCGCCUGGAGGCGGAGCACCUACGUCGGCGUGAGACGAUGGGACCGGCCGCGGCCGAGAGGAUCUCCCAGCGGGCGUCCUUUGAGCUGGUGCUCACACUCUACUGCCAGUGGGCCGAUGAAGAGGACGAGGAAGGACCAUCGGCCGAGGAUGUGUUGCAAGUGCUGCGCAGCUGCGAUACCAAGGGCACUGGUCUGCUGCCCUACAGCGAGCUGCGCCGCAUGCUGACCUCGAUGGGCUCGGAGCGCCUGGACGAGGCGGAGGUCUUCAGUGCGCUGCACUGCGCCUCCGAUAUCGGGGGCAAUGUGCACUACGAGCAUCUGGUGCAGCGGAUGUUCGCCAAGAACGCCGCCCAGGAGCAGAAGGAGCGGCUCCAGCAGGCCCGACUCUACCUGCAGGCGGUGGGCCGCAAUGCCGUCGACAUGGACAUGGCCAAGAGGGACGAGUUCAUCGACGCCCUGCGGCGUUCGGAUCCCCUGAGCUCGGGAUUCAUCGAGCCGAAGCGCCUGCUCGAGCUGCUCAAUCGCAACGAGGAGCAGUUUACCGCCGAGGAACUGCAGCUGCUCACCCAGGGCAUGGAGGACACCAGGUGCGAGAGGGGCAUCAACUAUCGCCGCUUUCUGCAGUUCAUCAUGAAUGAGUAA